UCGGACGGUCAACGACAGGGGCAGGCUUCAUUUUGUCCGAAGCGAGCUCUGCGUCUCGUGCGGGUGUCUCGUCGGAGUAGUUUUUAGUGCGCGUCUCCUAGUCCGGGCGUUUUGGGGGAAAAACGGUUUUUGGCCAUGCGCUGGCAUCAUCAUCACAGGGGAAAAGAAGCAGUCUUACCAAUCAACACCCUUCCGUGUGCCAACGACACAUUUUGCAGCUGUGCAUCCGAAUUCAACAUAUCAAGCAAAAAACAAGUGAAACAGCAGCAGCAGCAGUCAUAAAGGACAUCAGUUUGUGCCGUCGUCAUCUCUCGCCCUUAAUCGCCAUUGAACUCGCCUUAAACUCGCGUGUGCCUUUUCGCAAUUUGUGUGUGCGUGUGUGGUGUGUGUGUGUAUGGGCGUGCUGUGCGCGCGCUCGCGCCCUGUCUCUGUGUGUGUGUGUGUGUUUAUAUACAUAUUUGUGUCGUAUUUUAAUGUGCAGACUCACCUUCUGCACCUGGUCUGGGUUUAAGAAGGUGCGCAAGAUUUUACCUCGGAAAAGUACCGAAAAGCACGACCCCCGUGAUAACUAGUUUGAGGAAAUCGAAUCCAAACCAGCCGAACCGCACGCACCUCAAUGCCCGUUCAAUGCUGUGUAGGGAGACGACCCAGCGGAACGUCAGUGUAACGAUUGUGGAUGUGAACUUCGUAGUACGAUAAAACCUUUGGAAAAGCAAAAGAAAAAAAAGGAAGCACCCAAAGUGUUGGACUGACAGUGAAGAAAGAAAGCGAAAGAAUCCAACCACGGGAUACUCUAGUCUCGACGAAACGCGAACUAAACGAAAUCGAAUGCAAAUGUCAAGCUUGGUGCCGACAUUCGCCCACUCGCAGCAUCAUCACCUUCACCAUCAUGUCAUCGAACACUGACCUCAGCUUCGAAUGGUCAUUGCUCACCAAGAAGGACUGUCUCAAAUGGAAUACGGCCGGAGGCAAAAUAAAAAAUAGGGAGAAAUUAAAGGCAACAUUAUGAGCGGCCUAACGAGCGACGUGUUCGAUGAGCAUCUCGUCGACGAAAGCUCACAGUACAUGCUGGACGAUUUGCAACUGGCAGCGGAACUUGGGAAAACAUUACUGGAGCGUAACAAAGAGCUCGAGGCAACGCUAAAGCACCAUCAGAAUAUUAUUGAUGAUCAUGUACAGGAAAUAGAGUAUUUAACAAAACAGAAUGCUGCCCUACGGGAGGUGAACGACUCGAGGAUGAAGAUCUACGAGCAGCUAGAAGUGAGCAUUCAAGAUCUGGAAAGGGACAAAUACAAGCUAGCGCUCGAAUACCAGGCGGAGAAGAAACAUGUAAAACAGCUGUGUAGCAAUAUAGAGAGCUUAGAAACCAAAGUAGAGGAGCUAACGAGAUCACUUGAGGACGCUAGACGGCAAGCGGAAGCGGAUCGACGGACCAAGCAAACGGAACGGUUGCUCAAUCAGCAGCAACAGCAGCAGCAACAGUUAGCGGGACUGCCAAUUGUAAAACUCAAUAGCCAAACCAGCCAUGCAUCGAAAGACGCCAUACCUGCUGUUACGCCACAAGAGGACGAUAGCACCAGUCGACAAACAGAAGAAUCAUGUCAACAGGCCAAACCAACGUCCACGACACCGGCGAAGAACAGUGUGACCGUACUGCCGUCUCUGGAGGGUGAUGAUAAUCAAGACGACCGGGACGGUGGUACAGGUACGGAGGAGCACAUACUAAGCGAGGAUAAUGAGGAGGUACUGCGCAUUAUGGAGGAACUGCAACGUACGCAAAAGAGUCUCCUGUCCGAACAGGGCAAGGUGGGCGAACUGGAGGAACAGCUGGCGGUGAUUGCCCAGGAAAAUACGGCACUCCAGUCGAAGUUGCUGAAUGCACGCUCGUACGAAAUACAGUCCGUGCACGAUGAGCUGUCAAUGCUGGCAGAGUUCCGGCAAGGACAGGUGUGUACCAGAUGUUUGCGAGAUCUUGGCGAGCAGCCGGACACGGACUCCAUCAUUACUGGCACCGAGGACGACGACGCCAGCUUGAUGGAUCUCAUACACAACGUGGAUACACCGAAGGUGUUCCGGUCGUCUGUCACGAUGGAGAUACUUCCGACGAAACCGGAUAGUUUGGAUCUUUCCGCUAGCGAAUGUGCCGGUCCGACCAAUCCAUACCGUGAGCUAGUGGAAAAGUAUGAAGCCCUGCUCGAGGUGCAUCGUCAGCCAAUAGUGCGGAAGGCAUCGGCGACGACGGCAUCAGCCGGUGCGGCAACGGUCGGCUCUGGUAACAAUACGCCGGUUGACAGCUGUCAGCCGCAGCAACUGCUGGUGGAUUCCGUUGAUGGUGUACCGGCACCACGCUACAUGAUCCAGUUCAAUCCCGCCAUCGUUGCGUGCGGUCCCCAGGAAAGGCAUGCGGGAGAGCAGAGUAUCAGGGCGGCAGCGGUCGCCGCAACCGAAUGUUCGGAAACGGAAACAGCCAGCUCGGGAUAUUCGGACGAGGUUAGCAACAAGGCGACCCAAACGGAUGAGAGUCCGCGCAACUUUCUCUGCACAAUCGCAGACGGCAAGGACUGGCGGUUCAGUAUUUACGAGGAUGAGAGUGCAAUCGAUUCACGGUUCCGCUUCAGUCCAGCGCAUCGCGAACUGUUCCGUGAGAUAUUUAGCGUGCUGCGUAAGGCGGCCGAAAAUCGGGACGAGGGUGAUCAGCUGCCACUGUUGGAUGAUACGAAACCGAUCGGUGGUGUUGUCGUGGGCAGAGGUACAACCAAUCCGGUACCGCCGGUAACACCGGCGAACGAGGAACCGCCCGCCGGUUUCAGCAUAGAGGAGGAGGACGAGGAGGAUGACGAUGAAACGGUCAGCUUCAUCUCAUCUUCCGCCGUCAGUGAGCAGUCCUUUGCAAUGUCCGAGUGUAUCACUAAGUCAGAACGUCGGCGUAUCGCACGGCAGGCGAAAGCCGCCUGUCGGUACGGCGAGGAGGAACCGAAACCACUCGAAAGUCAUCACACCGAUGAUCCGACCCAGCGGCAGCAGCUUCAGACCUUACCAGGUUCGGCCGAUGGGCACGUACUACCGGCCCAGCUAGACUACAUCUCCGUAACGGUCGGUGUACACAAGCGCAAGUCACGCCGCCGAAGUCACCGGCGAGAUACUAAACAGACGAUGGAAAUCAAUCCACAGACACCGCCACGUACAGGAAGUGCACGCAAGAAUCGACCCUCCUUCCGACCCUGGAACCCGGAACGGGACAGUUCCAGCGUAGCACCGGGCGAAUGGAACGGCAACUCACUGACCGUCUACAAUCGGGCCAUAAAUAAAACGGGCCAGUCUGCAACGGGUACGAACAAUGGAGGUACUACCCUGUCCGACGCUACCGGCGCGUGUCCGGCAGCGAUACCCAAAACCCGACGCUCCGGUGAAAAGAAACGGAAUUCGUCAGGCAUUCGCAACCGUUACGCCGACCUAAUGGAUGAUGCACACGGUGAUGAGGUGGUUGAAUUCCGACCCUCGACUGCAUCCCAGCACCUGCACAAACUACAGAAACUGGAUCUCUCGUACGCGGAAGUACUGCGCCGUGCGGAUGGUAGCAAUCCCUUCCCAGCCCGACGCCAAUACACUAAGCAGCAGUAGUCAGCGCGUGUACGAUUCUGUUCCUCCCCACUCCUCCGGAGGUUCAAAAACAGCUAUCCUGAAAACUGAAUGUAGAAAACUGCAAAUAAAAACUUCCUCCUCAAAGUCGCGUUAUUUAGAAUACAAAUUCAAAACAAAA